CAGAGCAGCGGAGCCGCCUAGCAGCCACCUUCCCCCGCCAGUCCGCGCGCCCGGGCCGGGGCUAGGCCCCCCACCGCCGGGUCCCCCGGGGCUGCAGUAGCAGCGGCGCCGCCCGCGGCUCCCGCUGGGGCCUGGGCGCCGGCCCCGCUCUGCAGGAUGGGCACGGUGCUGUCUCUUUCGCCUGCCUCCUCGGCCAAGGGCCGGAGGCCCGGCGGGCUGCCCGAGGAGAAGAAGAAGGCGCCGCCCGCGGGGGACGAGGCGCUGGGGGGCUACGGUGCGCCGCCAGUGGGCAAGGGCGGCAAAGGCGAGAGCCGACUCAAGCGGCCGUCCGUGCUCAUCUCGGCGCUCACCUGGAAGCGCCUGGUGGCCGCGUCCGCCAAGAAGAAGAAAGGCAGCAAGAAGGUGACACCCAAGCCGGCAUCCACGGGCCCCGACCCCCUGGUCCAGCAACGCAACCGCGAGAACCUUCUCCGCAAGGGCCGGGAUCCCCCCGACGGCGGCGGUACCGCCAAGCCCCUGGCGGUGCCAGUGCCCACCGUGCCCGCGGCCGCCGCCACCUGCGAGCCACCGUCGGGGGGCAGCGCGGCCGCUCAGCCGCCGGGCUCGGGCGGGGGAAAGCCUCCGCCGCCGCCUCCCCCAGCCCCGCAGGCGGCGCCGCCGGUGCCUGGCGGCUCGCCGCGGCGGGUCAUCGUGCAGGCGUCCACCGGCGAGCUGCUGCGCUGUCUGGGCGACUUCGUGUGCCGACGCUGCUACCGCCUCAAGGAGCUGAGCCCGGGCGAGCUGGUGGGCUGGUUCCGCGGUGUGGACCGCUCGCUGCUGCUGCAGGGCUGGCAAGACCAGGCCUUCAUUACGCCUGCAAACCUGGUGUUCGUGUACCUGCUGUGCCGCGAGUCGCUGCGUGGGGACGAGCUGGCGUCGGCCGCCGAGCUGCAGGCCGCCUUCCUCACCUGCCUCUACCUCGCCUACUCCUACAUGGGCAACGAGAUCUCCUACCCACUCAAGCCCUUCCUCGUGGAGCCCGACAAGGAGCGCUUCUGGCAGCGCUGCCUGCGCCUCAUCCAGCGGCUCAGCCCGCAGAUGCUGCGGCUCAACGCCGACCCCCACUUCUUCACGCAGGUCUUUCAAGACCUCAAGAACGAGGGCGAGGCCGCCGCCAGCGGCGGGGGCCCACCGAGCGGGGGCGCGCCCGCCGCAUCCUCGGCCGCCAGGGACAGCUGCGCGGCCGGAACCAAGCACUGGACUAUGAACCUGGACCGCUAGGGAUACCCAGGGGCCGCGCCCAUCCCCCGCCCCAGCCCCUGACACACACUCGGACCCCCCGGGACCACAAAGCCACCGCCGCUGUUACCGCCGCUCAGCGCCCCGGCUGGGCGGAGGAGGAGACGCCCAUGCCCCUCAGGGGAAAGUGGAGACCGGGACACCAGAGGCCGCGGUGUUUGGAUUUGCUGGGCGUGGAGUGGGGACGGAAGAUGAGCGCGGGAAAGGCACUCCAACCUCACUCUUCCCGUCUGUCUGCGCCCCCAUUUCUCCAUUUCUGCCCGGGUCUUCCCCUUCCCUUCAGUCCAUUCCCCCUCGGUUUUAUCCAUUUCCUUGCCUCCUUUUUUAGUCUUCAUUUUUCCUCCUGUCUGCAUUCCUCUCUCUCUCUCCCUCUCUCUCCUGUUCCUCUCUUUCUUCCUCCCUCUCCCUGCCUUUCCAUUUUCCGUUCCUUGGGUUUGUGUGUCUGCAUCUCCAUCUUACCCCUUGCCUGACUGUACCCCGUAGACCCCUGUUUCUCCUCCUGCACCUGUGUCCCCAUCUGCCCUUCUUGUUGCUCCUGUCAUGUGUCACCAUCUUCUCUCCUGUCUGCCUUCUUCCUCCACUUGUGUCAACUUGCAUUUUUUUAUUCCUGACUGAGUCACCACACCCCUCUCCCCUGAUCAAAGGGAAUAUUAGUUUUUAAUUUGGAUCGACUGAGGUGCCAGGAGAAACUGCAGUCCCAGGCAUCCAGACAGCCACCAGGAUGGUCCCUCGCCCCACCCCCACCGCCUCUCCCCACCUUUUCCAACGUGUUGCAUGCUGGGAGCUGGGGGGUGUGGGGGAAGGGGCUGCCGGCUUCUUUCAGGAGGCUGAGGUUUGGAGGCAAAAUCAACCUGGGAGACCACCCCGGCCGCGGCGCCUCAGUGGACAGGUGGGAGGAAAAGAAAACUUCUUACCUUGGAGGAGGGACAUCCCGCUUCCUUAUCCUUAGCUUUUUUGUUGCCCCUCCCCACUGCCCCUUUUAAUUUAUUUGGUUGUUUGCGGAGGGAGGGGGGAGGGGGGGUAGGCUGGGCCGGGAACUGUCCGAGGUGCUGAGCUGGGGCGGGACCGGAAUCCUCCCGGUAGGGUACCAGGGACUGGGUUGGGCCUGGGGCCGUGUCCAAGGUGCCAAUGAUGCGGGCCGACAGAGCGGGCCGCACUGUCUGUCUGUCCGUCUGUCCCGGAAAGAACUAUAAAGCGCUGGAAGCGCCUGCAGAUGGUUUUGCGCCGGUCUUUCUUUGGGCCCCGGGAGGGAGGGAGUGGGAGUGGUAGUGGAACUGUCACAGACAGAGCAGAAAGGCAAGAGAUGGGGCUCUAGUAGGGGAGAUCAAGUACCUGAGAGCUUCUCCUCCUCCCCAUCCCCACCCCCGCCAUUGGCUUCCAUUUUACAGAGAGUAAAGAGCAAAGCGAGGCAGCUGAGGGUGAGGCCUGGUGAUAAGGCUGAAUCCAUCCCCCCACUUCCACCUCCAUCUUGUCUGACCUAGCUCCUCAUUAAUGCCCGGGCCACUUAGAGACCGAAUGAUGGGGACAGCGGAGUUGUGCCCUUUCUGUGAUGAGACCCAUUGAGGCAGAACUAGCUAGUCCUUAUUGCUAUUUUUCCCUUCCUCCCCAUCUCUCCCUACCAUAUAUCGGUCAAGAGUACAGUCGGGCCUAAGUCUGUGUUCACCACUCCCAAGUGGGGCCUGUCUGCCACACUUUUCUCCUCAUCCCCCAACCACCAUGGGGCUGCUUCGACGAUGCCCUGGUCGCACGCCCACUCAGGAGUCUUGGGAGGUCCAUCUCUGCUUGAGACUCAGACCCUUGCCCUUUAUCCCCAAGAAGGGGCAAACAAGGGCAGCUGGGGAGAAGGAAGCCAUUCUCUGGGAUUGAAACAGGAAGGAAAAUGCGCUGUUUAGCCUGAGAUCCCUGCUCGGUCCCCAUUGCCUUCUUAGCCACGUGGCUAAGCGCCCUGUUCACUGUUUCAUUGGCCCAAAGAGGCCUGGCUUCAACAGAGUGCCCGCGGCUCCGACCCUAGUCUGGCCGUGGCCGAGAAGAUCCGGAAAGAACCCGGGGGGACCUGCCAAGACGAGGCCCGGGUUCGCUGUCCGUGGUGCUGAAUGGCGCGCUCGGGCGGGGUCGGGGCUUGUAGGGGCAGGAAGAGUUGCAGACUCGGCCUCAACUAGGUCUUCCGGAUAAUUUGGGAAUAGGGUGUCAUCUAUUCUGGCGGCGAGUUACAGAAGUCUGGCUCCAGAACCCAAAAAUGUCGGUCCCCACUUGCCCUCCCGGGACGACAGGACUCGAUUCCCCUGGCCUCAGCCCAGCGCCCUUGUAACCAGCCUGGAGCCGGAAAUCCCCAGUCCAGAUUUGUGAAUUGAGUUCCCGGAGGGAGGGGGAGAGCUGGCGGAACGGAAGGCGGGAGCAGCCGCCCAUUGGCUGGAAUUUGGCGCAGUCAGCGCGGUGCCGUCAUCUCUCUUGGUUUGGGAGGAGGGAGGGAGGAUCACUUGGGUCACCCCGCGGCUGUCGGCUGUCGCCAUAGCAACCAGACUGAGCGGGCUGGGCAGCCGCUCUACUCUCCCACCUCUGGCUGGGGAAACAAUCCUGGUCCACCUUAUUUGGAACUAGCUAGUGAGACUAGCUAUUUGAUUAGAAUUUCUGAAUUAGAGGAGCCUAAAGGGGAUGGGAAAGAGAGCAGAGACCCUACAGAGACGCCCCCCUCAACCCCCAACAAACAUCCUGCCUUCGGAUACUGCCCCUGAACUCUUAGACACAGCACCCACCCUUUACUGCACACACACACACCCCUCCAGGAACUUGUGGUCUGGCACCUGGAGACGUAGAAUGAGAAAAAGGCCACAGUGAGUAACAUUUAGUUAAAUCUCACUUUUGACAUGCCCCAAGGCAUGAAACACUGCCAUAAUCCUAUUAGGAGGGGAGGGACUAGAGAAGGAUCAACAAGAAUACAUGGAAGAAUUAGCCUCCUGGGUCAGACUUAUGGGAGUCCUGUUUUCUCAGGGAUUGAGUGGGAGAAGUUGUAAGGAGAAAGACCCAGAACAGUCUUCUGAGAAGGCAAGGGGAGGAGGGAGUAAGUGCAGAAACAGAAUAAGGUACCUUCUUUCCUGACGCUGAGUUAACCUGGGGAAAGUGAGUCCAAGCUGCUGAUAAGGUGGUGCAGGGGGACCAGAAUUUUAGAGAGAAACCAGAAAGGAAGAGGGGUGGACUAAGGAAAAGAUGGAGGUGGAGGAAAGGAGACAGAAACCCAGCUGGAGCAAUGACUCAGCACUUCCCCUAAGCAAAGGGCUGGAGUGACUCUCCCAGCACAGGAGCAGCUGUGAGGGCAGGAAAGCAAAUGGACAGAUAACCGGUAAUUCACCCCUUCACAUGACACAUGUUGAUGCGUACACUGACGCAUAACCAAAGGCACACAUUUUAACCCAGAAGUGGACACAAAUGCAUUUAUACUGGUGAAUCAUAACAUAUACACACCUCUACUCCUUUCCUCCCUGUCCCCCUUCCUGGAACAGAGGACAUUCUGUUUUGGAGCCAUGUUCCCCUGUCCCUGGAAUACCUCGCUACUUAUUAGAAAAGCAGAAAUGCAAAAAAUCACAGACAUGUGGGGGGAGUUGUCAUGGUAACUGCUUUGCCUGCCAGGCGGGGUGCCCAGCAACCAGAGCAUCUAACAGUAUUCAAGAGGACAUCCUGUGGUCUCCACUUACUGGGAUCCUACCCCAGGCAACCAGAUGGGCACCUUUUGAAGAUGUCUGCAACAGAGGCUGCUGAAGAAGCCCCUCCAGUCACAUCAUCAUGAUCAGGGACAGCUGGAAGCCAGGUGUAUGGGCCUGAUCUUCUUUAGAUCUCUCCAUACUGCAGGAUAAAAACGGACAGUGCUGCCUGAAGCCUCCCUGACAACCUCCUGCUGUGUUGCUAAGCAACUUGACCUCCUCUUCCAAAAAAGGAACCUAAUGCUCAAGGAUUCCAAGAAUCUCAAGGUUAGAGAAGUCGCCUAGUCCACCUCCCCUCUCUGCUUCUCACAGAAGGGUCUGCUGAACACUCUGGUGACAGAGAACUCACCCAACAUGUUCCAUGGCAGAGGCUUUUCAUUAGAUCAAGGUGACAUCUGUUUUACUGGAGCUUCCAACCACGUGUCCCAAUACUGCCCUUAGUCACAGGCAUCCAGGUCCUCUCUCUCAGGACAGCACUUUGAAUAAAUGAGGACAGCUCCCAUCCCCCUUUCUCCCAGUUGACUUUCCAGAAACAUCUCAUAUUGUUGUUGGCUUUCCACCAUUUUUCCUCUUCACUUUCUGGGCCUACUACACUGUGUGUCCUCCACUUGGUCUCUUCCUGAAAGCAACACUGUGCACAAUGUUCCUGGGGGCAGACUUAUUAAACCAAGUGGACCACUUCCUUCA